AUGACGAAAAGAGUAAAUACACCCGAUUUUCUACAAUUAUUACAAUCACAGCUUCAAAAUUCAAAAGGUAAAAAAUCCAUAUAUUUAACUCAAAAAAGAUUAUCAUCAAAUAUAGAAAAUUCAAUAAAUGAUCUACCAUCAAAUGUAAUAUCCACACCAAUUGAAAAUAAUGAAACUUAUCCUAUAUUGUUAAGAUUCUCACAAAAUUCAUCAGAUAAUAAAAUAAAUAAAGAUCGUGUUAAAUAUUCAACAAUUAUUGAGUCAGAUAAAUUGGAUGAAUUUUGGCAGGAAUAUUUAAAAAUUUUGAAAAAUGGAUUUAUUGGAUUAAAGAAAAAGGAAAAGAAGAAGCUGAAGAAAGGGAAGAAGUAA